AUGAAUCUCUUUAGAUUAGCGGGAAUCUCAUUCAAGACGCAAGCUCUCUAUGUCCUCGUCUUCAUCACCCGCUACCUUGACCUUUUCUGGCGCUAUGUCUCGCUCUACAACACUGUCAUGAAGAUCUUCUUCAUUGCCAGCAGCAUCUAUGUCCUCUACCUAAUGAAAAUCAAGUACAGACCAACCUUCGACCCCGCAAUUGAUACCUUCAAAAUCGAGUACCUCAUAGGCCCCUGCUUCGUCCUCGGUCUCAUCUUCAACUAUGAAUUCAAGAUCUCCGAAGUCCUCUGGUCCUUCUCUAUUUUCCUGGAAGCCGUCGCUAUUUUCCCUCAGCUAUUCAUGCUGCAGAGAACAGGAGAGGCGGAGACGAUUACUACCCACUAUUUGGCGGCUUUGGGCGCGUAUCGAGCUUUGUAUAUUCCAAAUUGGAUCUGGCGAUACUUCAGCGACGGCGUCGUGGACCCAAUCGCAGUGGUAGCAGGAAUCGUCCAGACUGGUCUGUACCUCGACUUCUUCUACGUGUAUUUCACCAAGGUUCUGCAAGGCCAGAAAUUCGAACUUCCAGCAUAA